AUGCCUUACAUACUCGCAUCAAUCGCAUCUCGAAUAUACGCCUGCAAUGGAGAAAUCGCAUGUAAAUAUUGGCUUUGGAAGCAUCAGUUUACCUAUUUACGCUUAUUUCAGAUGACAGCGUUGACAAUAUCAAGAGCUUUACGAUUGUUACAGUUACAUCCCACUACGGAUAAUAACACUGUUCAUGUGCUAUGUGAAUUUCAAACAUUCGCAGGACUUUAUGCAAAUCAUCGACGGCCAAAAAGGGAUAUUAGCGCUGAAAUAAUUGAUGAUGGCUUACCGAAAGACUAUCGAUUACAAGUCUUCAAGGUGAGCAGUCGGCGACUCGAUUCUAUUGUUUGCAAGGCAAUUGGACAAGGGCGAAAACAAGCUGAACAGUUGAUUUUAAGGGGUAAGGUGCAGUUAAACGAGCAAGAUACACCGAAAAAACCAGCUUAUUACGUACAAGAGGACGAUAUAAUCGAUAUCUGGAAACAGCCCGUGGAAGGCAACACUAAAUUUGCUGAAGUUCAUAGGAUCGAAAUAAUCAGUUACGCCUUAACUGAACAAGGCUAUGAUAUCAAUUUAAAAUCGUGGAAAAAUUUCUACGUACAAAACUGGUGUGAUAAAAAUUAA